UUAAAAUUAGUGGUAGAAGCCUACAUCACGAGUUGUGUGGUCCCUUAAGAUUAACCAACCGACCAAACCCAGCUGGGCACAGUUGACAAAAAUUUAUUCAUGGGUUCUCUGUCUGAUACUCUACCUAGAAUUCCUGUCAUAGAUUUCUCAGGGGAGGAUCUUAAGCCUCAGACAGAUCCAUGGCUCCGUACCACAAAACUUGUCAAGCUAGCCCUAGAAGAAUUUGGCUGUUUUGUGGCAGUCUAUGAUAAGGUCUCUCCAGACCUUCAAGACACAAUUUUCCACGAAUUGGAGGGCUUGUUUAACCUCCCUAACGAUGUCAAAGCGCGGAACAUCAUUUCUGACAAGCCAUACUUCGGGUACAGCGGGAAUCAUCCAUUGGUCCCUCUGCUCGAAGGGACAGGAAUUGAUAACGCUACCAGCCUUGAAGGGAUCCAGAGCUUCGCGAGCCUCAUGUGGCCCGCGGGGAAUGAUCGGUUUAGUGAUACUGCUCUCUCAUACGUGAAACAAGUGUCAGAACUGGAACGGGCGGUGACGAGGAUGCUGUUUGAUAGUUACGGGCUACAAGAGAACUAUUACGACUCUCAUGUCGGAUCAACCAAUUACAUGCUUCGGCUCAUGAAGUAUCGGGCCCCCGACCCGGAAGAGACCGAUAUCGGGUGUGAUGUUCAUACUGACAAGAGCUUCUUCACCAUCCUUCAUCAAAAUGAAGUUAAUGGGUUGGAGAUUAAGACCAAGGGUGGGGAUUGGGUAGGGUUUGAGCUCUCCCCAUCAUCUUUCGUGGUCAUGGCAGGCGACGCAUUGAUGGCAUGGAGCAACGGGAGAGUACAUUCGGCCUUUCACAGGGUGGUCAUGAACAGAGAUAUCGGAAACAAAUCACCACGAUACUCGGUCGGCCUGUUUACCUUCCACAGUGGGAUGAUUCACAUUCCGCAAGAACUAGUCGAUGACGAGCACCCUCUGCAGUUCAAAUCAUUUGAACAUUAUGGGCUCCUUCGAUACUUUGCCACACUGCCUCAGUUACACGAGCGGACUGCCAAGGCGUACUGUGGCAUCUGAGAGGGCUGAAAUUUGAUCUUGGUCCGACAUAAUUUGAUGCUUGUACUUAUUCCCCUGCCAUGAUAAUCAAAACAUAAACAGGAGACAUAAAAACUUUACAUUUAGUAUGUAUGGUCAUUAUAUGUAGUGUGGUUCAUCAAACUGAUAUUAAUUUUAAGAUGGAAAUGGAGAAUUAUAUAUGGAAUCUUGUUAUAAUUUGUA